AUUAACUUCGUCCUAGCUCUGACAAUUAACACCCUCCUUGCCCUACUACUAAUAAUCCUCACAUUCUGACUACCCCAACUUAACCCCUACAUAGAAAAAUCCGACCCAUACGAAUGUGGAUUUGACCCCGCAUACCCUGCCCGCAUUCCUUUCUCCAUAAAAUUCUUCCUAGUAGCCAUCACCUUCCUACUAUUCGAUCUAGAAAUUGCCCUACUACUACCCCUACCAUGAGCCCUACAAACAACCAACUUACCACUAAUAACCACAUCAUCGCUUAUAUUAAUUAUUAUCCUGGCCCUGGGCCUAACUUACGAAUGAUCCCAAAAAGGAUUAGACUGAACCGAAU